GAGAAUACCAGCACAACGAGCCAGCCACUGAAGAUACUGUUAUGAACGCGGAAGUUGUGAUUCUGUUGUCGCACGUAAUGAAUAUGAAUUAGGCCGGGAAUCAUUUGUUGUGACUGUCAGCUAAUUUGUGUAAAGUAAAGACGCAGCAAUCUGGUUUGUAGGCUAAAGAGAGAGUGUAAGAGAGAUGUCAGACAGCAGCAUCUCCGUCCGGCUGCUGUCGUAUGAAACACUGGUGCACGCUGUGGCAGGUGCAAUGGGCAGUGUUACAGCAAUGACAGUGUUUUUCCCUCUGGACACAGCCAGGAUCAGACUGCAGGUGGAUGAAAACCGUAAAUCCCAGUCCACCCCUAUCAUUCUGGCUGAGAUAGCGAAGGAGGAGGGCAUAUUGUCUCUGUAUCGUGGCUGGUUUCCCGUCAUUUCUAGCCUUUGCUGCUCUAACUUCGUGUACUUCUACACGUUCAACACACUGAAGAGAGUCAUGGUCUCGGACCGGUCCAAGCCUAGCAAAGAUUUGCUCAUGGGCUUCAUAUCAGGAGCUGUUAAUGUGCUCCUGACGACCCCCAUGUGGGUGGUGAACACACGACUGAAGCUUCAGGGGGCAAAGUUCAGGAACGAAGAGCUCCAUCAGACCCACUAUAAAGGCAUAUUUGAUGCCUUCUCCCAGAUAAUAGCCAAUGAGGGAGUGGGAACGCUGUGGAACGGGACGCUGCCGUCUCUCGUGCUGGUGUUCAACCCCGCUGUGCAGUUCAUGUUCUACGAGGCCAUGAAGCGAAGAGCAGGACGUGGAGACAGGAAGAUAUCAUCAUUUGAGAUCUUUUUCAUUGGUGCCAUCGCUAAAGCUAUUGCAACAUCUGCAACGUAUCCUCUGCAAACGGUUCAGGCCAUUCUGAGGUUUGGCCAGUAUAAAUCAGACGGUAAAGGGGGUCUAGUGGGCAGCCUGAAGAAUGUGGUUUCUUUGCUAAUGGACCGGAUCAAGAGACACGGGCUCUUGGGUUUGUAUAAAGGUCUAGAGGCGAAGCUGCUCCAGACCGUGCUGACGGCCGCCCUCAUGUUCGUGGUGUAUGAGAAGAUCACUGCCGCCACGUUCAAACUCAUGGGCCUCCAGAAGAAACUCAAGCACUGAGAUACGGUUAGCCUUCACCACUGAGCGACUUAUUCAUGACUACCUCUAACCUACACACACCCUCAGGAGGAGCUCCACAUAUCCCAUCAGCCAUUGCUCCUCGGGGUACGGUCUCAGUCCUACCACAACAUAGGUCUGUUUAAAGCAAAAAUAGCAUUUAUGUACUUUUAGUUUAUAACAUGUUCUUUUAAAAGUUUACAAGGUCAAGUUUCUUUUAUCAGAAUCUUAGAUUAAAUGCUUACUGAUGUAAAACACCUUAAAGCCAAAAGGUAUAAGUAUUUUAUAACAUUUCAAUGGUUAACCCAAAGCAAAUCAUAAUUAGUUGAGUGAUUCUGAACUUAAAGGUGAUAGUUAAGCCCAACAUGAAACAUUUUCAAUCAGUAACUUAAAUUCUCGUCUGUUUCUUACAUAAAGCUAUUGUAUGACUUCAGAAAAUGUAUAAUGUAGCUCACAAGUUUAAAAAAUGUGUAGAAAAAAAAAACAUUCUUCAGAAUAUCUUUUGUUUCACAGUGGAAAUCAGUACAUGAUGGUGAGUAAAUAACAGAUUUUAGAUUAUUAUAAUUUUUUUGUUUUUGUUAAAAGUGUCUAACAAGAGACGUUUGGUUUUCAGUCGGAAACUAGAAAGUGUGUGAAGGUUUGGUUCCGUCAUGUGAAUAGAGAUCAGUUAAUAAUUAGUGCUGCCAAACGAUUAGUCGCAUCCAAAAUAAAAGUUUUUGUUUACAUAAUACAUGUGUGUGUACUGUGUAUCUUUAUUGUGUGUAUAUAUAAAUACACA